AUGUUUGGACACAACGAGACGGCCGAGUAUGUCCUCGCUACCGCAGGAGCAUCAUGCUGGAUCGUAGCUACGGUCCCUCAGUUGGUCAAAUCGUAUCGAACCAAAUCGACCGAGGGGCUUUCUCCCUGGCUCAUGGCACUGUGGGCAUCCAGUAGUCUCUUCUUCGGAAGCUAUGUCGUCGCCGAAAAGCUCAACAUCGCCAUCCAGGCAAAGCAGAUCCAACCACAUAUAUUCGGCACCCUGUGUAUUGUCUCCUGGGCUCAGUGCUGCUAUUACUCCCGAGGGUACACGCUGCGCCAAGCGGCAGGAUACGCGCUCGCUAUCCUAGCGUGUGCAGGAGCUUUCGAGACGACCUCGAUCUUUGCCUUGCUUUAUGGACGACUGAAGGGCACCGACGUCCCUCUCUUAUUCUACGGAUACCUUUCCACCGCCCUCACCAUCGCUGGCUUCGUACCCCAGCUAUACGAAAUCUACACCCUCCGCCAAGUCAAGGGCAUCUCCCUCAUCUUCCUCAGCGUGGACAUCACCGGCGGUGUCUUGUCCGCCCUGGCCUUGUUCUUCCGAAAAGAGCUCGAUAUUGUCGCUUUGUCGACGUAUCUAGGCGUAGCAUCUAUCGAUCUUCUCAUCAUCGUCCUGUACUACAUCCUCGGGGGAUGUAAAGCAACAACAGCUGCAGUUGGCCAGUCACAGUCAGGAACGCUGCUCUGCCACACAUCACUCGAUCUCGAGGCAUCGCGCUCCGUCCUUGGCCAUGGCGACGACGUUCUUCUCCCGUGCCUGUCGGCAUCAGCCUCGACAUCAGCGGGAGCAGGCGAGAUCUCGGCGGAGCAGAAGAGAGAAUGCGUGGUGAUCGAGGCGGAUAGUCCAGUGGAGGAGAAAUGGGCAAUGUUUACGCCGGCGAGUACGGGGUCGGGGACGCUUGUGGAUGGAGACGACGGGGGGAAGAGGUUCUUUGGGUAA